AUAGGAAUGAUAUGCUUGCCGGCGUUCGAGCUGCGAGGCCGUGGACCAGUUGCUUCAUCGAAGACGAUUCUUGACUGUCUGUUUUUUUCGAAGAGGGGAGAAAGUGAAGAAAAAUACGAUUCUUUUUCUCGCCAUGUAGGAAUUUAAGACCCAGAAUCCACUUUUGCGAUCAUGUUCUCAAAUUUGUUUUCCGUAUUCAUUGCUCGCCGUCUAUCUACCAGCUCGAAGCUUCCGAACAUUUCAAAAAUAAACUCCAGGUACAAGAAAUCGGCUAUCCUACAAGCCCAGAAUGCUCUCACUGAAUAUCUCCAUGGCACAAGCUGCUUGCCUUAUGUUUAUGCCGAGCAUAUUAGUAAGAACUCUCCUCUUUCGCUUGCUAGUCUCAUAGCAAAGGUAGAUUUCUCAGCUUUCGCUUUCUCAAAAAAUUUCAAGAAAUUCCUCAGGUACCACCCCAUCAAUGAGUUCGAUUUUUUUUUUGAAAGCAUUGGCAUAGACUAUAAUGAUAUUUCUGGGUUGUUGCCUUCGAACAAGUUUUUCUUUUCCGAAGAUCGGACUCUUCUCGAUGCGGCUGGUGCGCUUUCCGAAUUUGGGUUUCCGUGGAAUGAGUUGGGUAAGUUGUAUAUGGAGAAUAGUUCCAUAUUUAGGAGUAGUGCGGGAGAGCUCAAGUCUAAGCUAUCGGAGUUUAAGAAAUAUGGUUUUUGUAAUGUUCAUUUAGUUGGUAUAUGUUUAGCUUUCCCUUACACUUUGAGCGGGGGUUGUGAAGUAUGUGCUGAAAGCGAAGCAUUGUUAAAUUUUCUGAAGUUGGUAUUUUUGGAUUUCGAGCUGGCAUUAUCUGUUGAGGGAAAUAUGAAUUCAUGGCACGAGGUUUGUAGGAAAAUUCGGGUAUUUUAUGAUUUAAGUGGUGAUAAGGAAAGGUUAGUGGAGCUUGUAGGAAGAAAUAAAAACAUCUUUCUUGAACAUGAUGAAGAGGUGUUGAUUCAAAAGGUUGAGUAUUUCUGUAGAUUUGGUGUAAACAACGAGGAGGUAGUUGCUUUGCUUCUUCAGAGCCCAGAAUUGUUGAGUCUUAAUUUAGACAAGCCAGUGAUUAACAUAAUGAAGUUAUUGGAAUAUUCCGGCUUGGAGACUGAAAAUCUGAAGGAUGUUAAUCAAAAGUAUGAUCAUGUAUUGGGGACAAACAAAAUUGCUAAUCUGCCUCAGGUAAUGAGGGCUUUGGACUUACACGAGUGGUUCUUUAAUAAAAUCAAGGACGGAAAUCAUCAGUUGCUAAUGAAAUAUAUAGCAAGCUACCCUGAUGAAGACCGAGCUGAGGAAUACCGAAGUGGCUUGGAGAUGAUUCACGUUUCGAGGACCCCGAAUCACACCAUGAGUAAACUAAAUUUGUUACACAACUGGGGCUUUGGGGAAAAUGCUUCAAUCUUUGAUCUCUUAGCACACUUGCAUGGCACUAGUAUUGAAUUAAAGGAAAGAUUUGAUUGCCUCCUGAGUUUGGGGAUUGGAUACUCCAAGCUUUGUAAGAUGGUAAGAAUGACCCCUAAGAUCUUAAACCAAAAUGUUCAAACUCUGGAGCAGAAGGUGAAUUUCCUCUGUCAGGGAGUGGGAUGCUCUUUAGAGUAUCUACACACAUAUCCAGGUUAUUUGCUUUUCGGUUUAGAGAACCGCAUUAAGCCUAGGUACAGAUUUCAUACGUGGCUUGCGGAAAAGGGUCUAUGUACCAAAGACUAUUCCAUUGCAAGCUUAGUUGCAACUAGUGAAAAGGCUUUUCUAGCUCGUGUUUACAAAAUGCACCCAGCUGCUCCAAAACAUUGGUUUGAGCAAUUCCGGGUCUAAGAUAUUUCUGAAAGAAGGCACAGAGCCCCAAAAAGUCAAGCCCGACCUUCAAUCCUGAAGAGAUCUCUGGUUUGGUUAUGAUGGCUAAAUUUGGUAGAUUGUUGCUAUAGGUUCUGCCUCUUGAACACAAGGUAAGAAGGAGAGGCUAAAUUUACACUCUAUUUUUACUCGUUUUGCAUAGAUACAUUAUUUUUAUUUGAGUGGGACAUUAGUUUUUUUCCACUUAACUAGGGCAGGAUAAUCAAGUGUAAGGAUUUGAGCCAUAUAAGACUUUCCUAAUUAUGGGGUA